CAGGAGACGCGUCACCGCCUCUCCCGGCCGGGCGAACGCGGAAGAACCUCUCGCUCGCUCGCUCGGUUCGGCGAUCGGGCUUCAACUGAACCUACGUUCAGCGAUAGUUAGCAGCAGUUGCUGUUGUUUGUUGCCGCAACUGUUGUUGCCGCUCGUUGUUAACGUAGCGAGCCAGGGUGUUGAGUGUAGAGAGAGAGAGAAGCGAUGUUCGCGCUCAGGGUGGCCGCGUCUGCCUGCCUGCGUGUGCGUGGCGUGCAGGCUGUCUCGGCGCCGUGUCUCCUCGCGACGCGCCACCGCCUCUGCUCGGCCUCCUCCUCCUCGUCUGCACCCUUCGCUAUCGACCGCCUGGACCACCUCGUGCUCACCGUGCGGAGCCUCGACCGCACCAUCGCCUUCUACACGCGCGUGCUGGGCAUGCACGAGGUCACGUUCAAGGGAGGUCGCAAGGCGCUGGGGUUCGGGAAGCACAAGUUCAACCUCCAUGAGGCGGGGAAUGAGUUCGAGCCCAAGGCCAGGCUCCCGACUCCCGGCUCCAUCGAUCUGUGUCUCAUCACGCACGCGCCCAUCGCCAGCGUCGUGCAGCACCUGCAGGAGUGUAACGUGCCGGUGGAGGAGGGUCCCGUGAUGCGGACGGGAGCCACGGGCCCCAUCGUGUCCGUCUACUUCCGCGACCCCGACCACAACCUCAUCGAGGUCUCCAACUACGAUCACGGCGACCCCGACUCGUCCGCCUCGUCCGCCUGACACGCCACGCUCGCCACGCUCUCCGACCGUGUCCCCACAACCGCGUCCGACCUCCACCCUCAACCCGUCCCCCCCUCCCUCAACCCGUCCCCGGCUCUGGCCAUGACCUUCGUCGAAUUUGUCCGAUGCACGACGCCGAGAUCAAUUGUUUUCGCACCUCUAAUUCACACUCACGACGAUUUGUUUGUCUUGUGUUCUGCAAUACGAUCACUUUAUCUUGCGUGUGGAAUCAUUGGAAGAUUUGUUUGAAAAAAUAAAUGCAAUUGAAAGUG